CUCUGUACUACAUGUCAAAAGCUAAAAAUGACUCAGAGGGAAAUAAUACAUGAAAUUUGUGAUAUUGAAACCAACUAUGGUCGUGAUUUGAACAUUCUGAAAGAGGAAAUUUAUACACCUUUAAAAUUGGCUGGAUUAUUAACAUGUGAGCAGUUAGAACAGAUUUUUGGAAAUUUGGAUGAUUUAAUAUGUAAUAAUUCACUUUUCUGUAAAAAAUUACGCUCUGCCUGUUGUCAUGGUGAAAAUUUGUGCAACAUCAAUAUGGGACUUCUGUUUCUCGAUUCCUCUGAUAUGUUUUCUGCCUUUGAGAAAUAUUGCUUAAAUCAGCAUCAAGCAAUAACAGUUUUAGACCAAAUAGUCAAAGAAAAAGAAUUAUUAAAGAUAUUCCUGCAAGUUUCCCAGACUGAAAAUGCUCUUUUACGUCGAAUGCACCUGAAAUCUUUUUUAAUGCUUCCAGUUCAGCAAAUAGUGAGGUAUCCAUUAAUAUUGAAGCGUCUGUAUAAAGUAACACCACAAUAUCACCAAGAUAGAGAAAACAUUAGAAUAGCACAAACCAAGAUGGAAGAAUUUUUAUCAAGAAUAAAUUCGAGAAAAUCCCACUUUGAAAAGACACGGCAUAGAGUAUAUUCAACAGAGAGACAUGAAAUGCAAGCAGUAAGCAUUGUUUGUAAAUCAAUAGCCCUAGAUGUGGUUGGUUGGAAUAAAAAAGAAGGUUAUGACCUUAUAUGCAGUAAAAUAUGGUUAGGACAGCCGACAGAUCAUAUGUGGGCUGCUAAAAAAUGUAAAAAUGUAAAAUUUACUCAGUUACAUGCAGUACUCCUUGCUUUAAAAAAGGUGAGAAGCUCAAGCUCUUUGUUCCCAAACCAAUCCUCAUCAGUAGAAAAAGCUGCUGUUGUUUUAUUACGAGAAAAAAAUGGCAAAUUUCAAGUUCUCAGAGAACCUUUGGCGCUAGAGAAAUGUGUAGUUACGGUAGAUCCAGAAUAUGACGAAGCCUUUGAAAUCCAAGAGUGGGGAAAAGAAGCUUAUGUUAUUAAGUGUGACGAUGUACAAGAUACAAAAUUAUGGAUCCAUCAUUUAAAACAGCAGACAAAAGACCUGAAUCAAUGGAGAAAAAGACGAAAUGCUAUGCCAAAUAUUAUGUUAAAGAAGGUGACAUGA